AGUUGCGUAUUGCUGUCUUUCACAGGUCGUAGUGUGAAUUUCACAUUUUGUUCACAGAAAAGUAGAUUGGGGGGAUUUCAUUGCACCACCAUCUUACCCUACAUACACGCCACUAUUCCCAACAAACCCACCACCUCUUCCCACUAUUUUGUCCCUAAAAGUUAUCUGCUACUACUACCAAAUCAAUCUUCUGGAAUUUCUGCUCCAUCUGUGCAGUGCAAUUAAGACAAUGGGAUGAUUCUGUUCAACAUGAAUGGAGAUCAGGGAUUUAUUGUGGGAAUUUAGGUCAUCAAAGUAUUAUUACAUUUCACUUGUUUUUCUUCAAAUGUACUCAUAUAUAGAUUUUAUUAUUGUAUUGGGUAUUUUUUAAAAUAUAUUUUGUGUUAAAAUAAAGCAAAUGUUAUGUCUUUUUUUUUGCAUAAAUAAACAUUGUUCUUGAAUAUAUUAAUACAUUAACAUAAAAGGGAGGAACAAGGCUGCAACCACCAAUCACUUGCUCCGUCUACCCAACCUGUACUCACCUAGACUGUCUAGAGUCUAGACUGACUCAAUAAUUACUGUUGUUGUCACGUUCUCUUGCAUAAUUCAACGAGCGAGUUAAAAAUCAACAUGCUUAGCUCUAGAUUACACCUAUCUAAACAUACAUUACAUUGCGAGAUCAGACGUAAUAUCACUAUGCAGAAAAAUGUAUCCAUGCUUUUGUUACUUCUAGGUUAGACUACUGCAAUGCUCUACUUUCCGGCUACCCCGGAUAAAGCACUAAAUAAACUUCAGUAAGUGUUAAAUACGGCUGCUAGAAUCCUGACUAGAACCAAAAAAAUGGAUCAUAUUACUCCAGUGCUAGCCUCCCUACACUGGCUUUACUGCUAACCUACAAAGCAUUACAUGGGCUUGCUCCUACCUACCUAAAGAUAGACUUCACUUCUGCAACGGAACACUUUCUAGGAUUAAAAUAUUUGACGAAGCUCUACAUGGAGUACUGUCUCAUGCAGUCCCACCCUCUCCGGCCCCAGAGCCUGAACAGGGUAUUUUGUUUUUCAUAACUGAAGGAAAUGGGAAUGUAGUUUUGUAAAUGUUUUGUAAAAUGUUAUUUUCCCAUCCCCAUAAUGGUAUUCACAUUUAUUUUAUGAAAUCCCCCCCCCCACCCCCGUCCAGUUGGUGGCGGCAGUACACCAUUUGCGUGUAGUUCGCCAUAAAACCUCACAGAAGAAGAAGUUAACGGAAGUAAGCGUUGACCAAGAACAAUUUUCACGCUAGCGUUUUUGUUAGAUUCAUUAACACAAAUGGAACUCAAACGAUGACUAAUUUAACUGCACACCAUCACAUAUUUGCCCCAGGUAGUUUUUAAUUUGCGUUGGAGACAAGACUUGGUUGAUAGAUGUUUAGGUAACGCUAGCUAGUAGCUGUUAACAAUGGAUAACGGUAUGGUUUUUCACACUCAAAUAGCCUCCAUCAUGGAGGUGCUAGCGAAUGCAGCCGUGGCAGAGAUCUGUAAACUCGUAGACGACGACUAUGCAGUGUUUCGUUUGGAAAUUUCCCAAAGCCAGAAAGAAAACAGGGGAUUACGGAGGAAACUACAGCAACUGGAACUGAAGGUGGCACGGGAGCGCGUCCUCGCCAGUCGUCCCAGUAGUGUCAAGAUCCUCGACCGAUACAGAGGAAUGGCAAGAGGUGAAGGACAUCUCACUGGAGGCCACAGGAACUUUGUGAAGCCAGCGGGACACGGUACAUGGAGAGAUGACCAACCAAUCACUGUUGACGAGGGAAGUGGAACCUCAACCCAGCACGUUAUCAUGAUAGAGUCUGCAGAGGCAGCAGGUCCUGCGGUCAAGCUGGAGAGGUCUGAAGGAGAAGAGGACCCAUGGCACAGUAGAAACAUCCAGACUGGAACGGCUGGCGUGCACCUUGUAGCCACAGUGCAGCCCAGGACCCAACACAGCAUCACGGAGGUCAGUGGAACGCCGGAGGAGGAGGAGGGUCCAGAGGUGCUGCGGAUGAAGGAGGGGUGUGAGGAGGGUCUGUGGAACCCUGAGGGGCACAUGCUCAUGGAGGACAACCAGACUACACCUCCUCCUGAACCCACAGAGGAACCAGCUGAGCAGCACAGGACCACACACAGUCUCACUGAGUCAGUAGACAUGGAGGAUGGGAAGCCUGAUCUGCUGCUGGUCAAAGAGGAGACAAUAGAAGACGGACCAGAGAGCAUUGAUCUGCUGAGUGGACUAAAGAUGGGGGAGCAAGCUAACAGAGGAGACUGGGUGGCCAUCUUGGAUUCCCAGACAGGUGCAGCCAAUGGCCCAGGGGUAACAUAACCGAGCAGGUCAGGACCAGAGGCGACAUAGUGGAGGUCAGUGGAUGGUGAUUACAGUGUAAUCAACUCUGGGCCGGGGAACAACACUGUUAACCACAACCAGAAACAGACAAUCAAACAGAAAUCAACAUCCGAACUUACUCUCCAUGAUAACAGACUGGCUGAGACCAGGGCGAGGCGUAGAUUUGGUCUGCGGGGACAAGGAAGUGUCCGUAUGCAGCGGGUGAGAACAGACACAGACUCAGCUAGUGAUGCGCCGUCCUGCUCCUAUAAUUGUGUUUCAGACAGAGUGAUGGCGCAUGAGGUUGACCCCCUAACAGGUGCUGCCUUCAGCCUACCUUCUAUAGGAUCUAUCAACUGGAACAUGGACCCUGUAACAACACAGACACUCCCUGGCCUUCGACCUCCUCACACUCUCCUAAUGUUUAACCAGACCUCAGAAAAUGCCAGUGCAUCAACACUAAAUGAUUAGACAUGCCCAUUGACAAAUGACAGUAAUACAGAUGGAAUAAGUAAAGGUGGUGGCGCCAAAGAGAAGCUCUUACCGUUUUCAUUCUGUGGGAAAGCCUUCAGUUUCCCCAAACAGGUGGAGAUCCACCAGAGGAUGCACACAGGGGAGAAAUCGUUCAGCUGCCACCUGUGCCAGGCUAGUUUCUCAGACUCAACCAACCUGAAGAGGGUCCACCCAGGGGAGAAAUCCUACACCUUCCCCAGCUUCCCCACCUGAAGAUCUACACAGGAGAGAGGCCAUUUGCCUGUGUUCUCAGAGAGGAGCUACCUCAGGAUACACUAGCAGAAAAUGCACACGGCCCAUGUAUAGUGAAAUGUAAUGUAGUACUAGUUAUACUGAACAAAAAUAUAAAUGCAUCAUGCAACAAUUGGGUGAGUUACAGUUUAUAUAAGGAAAUCAGUCAAUUGAAAUGAAUUCAUCAGGCCCUAAUCUAUGGAUUUCACAUGACUGGGCAGGGGUGCAGCCAUGGGUGGGCCUGGGGGGGCAUAGGCCUCCCCACCUGGGAGAAGGAGUUUACCCUCACAAAAGUGCUUUAUUACAGACAGUAAAACUCAGUUUCAUCAGCUGUCCGGGUGGCUCGUCUCAGACGAUCCCGCAGGUGGAGAAGCUGGAUGUGGAGGGCUGGCGUGGUUACAUGUGGUCUGGUUGAGGCCAGUUGGAUACAGCCAAAUUCUCUAAAACGACAUUGGAAGCAGCUUAUGGUAGAGAAAUUAACAUUAAAUUCUCUGGCAACCUCUCUGGUGGACAUUCCUGCAGUCAGCAUGCCAAUUGUAUCUUCCCUCAAAACGUGAGAUUUUAGAGUGGCCUUUUAUUGUCCCCAGCAAAAGGUAUACCUGUGUAAUGAUCAUGCUGUUUAAUCAGCUUCUUGAAAUGACACACCUGUCAGAUGGAUGGAUUAUGUUGGCAAAGCAGGAAUGCUCACUAACAGGGAUGUAAACAAAUUUGUGCACAACAUUUGAGAGAAAUAAGCUUUUUGUGCAUAUGGAACAUUUCUGGGAUCUUUUAUUUCAGCUCAUGAAACAUGGGACCAACACUUUACAUGUGUGUUUAUAUUUUUGUUCAGUAUAGUUUGUUGGUAGUUAAUUAUUUUGGUUUUUGAUAUCGUAGGGAACUUGUUGAGGUAACAUGAGGAAAGAAUUAGUGUGAUAAGGUGAUGGUUGUUGUGAUGGUGUCUGUAAAAAUGCUUCACUGAUGAAGUGACAACUAAUUCCCUUUAGGUUGAUGGUGUUUCAUAGUGAGAUAGUGAAAUAAGAGUGCCUUAUUUCAUGUUUACUUGACAUGAAGUAGUGAAGAUGUGUGUAGUGUUGAACCUUUUCCAAAGUAUUCUAAUAAAUUAUUUAUGUAGUAGUGAAGAUGUGUCAAAGUCCCGUGUGAGAGUGCAUAACAGUUUUGCUCAAAUUAAAGACUAA